AGUUAUCAUAUCUAUACUCAUCGUUUGUUGCCUAAUCUCAUCCCCAGGUCUCCAGAUCCUCUACACUCUCCUGCAGAACGUCUCUGGAGAGGAGGCGGCCGCGCAGAGCUUCUACCAGACGUACUUCUGUGACAUCCUGCAGCACAUCUUCUCUGUGGUCACCGACACCUCUCACACUGCAGGGCUGACGAUGCACGCCACCAUCCUGGCCUACAUGUUCAACCUGGUGGAAGAGGGGAAGGUCAGCGUGGCUCUGAGCGCCUCCAGCCCCACAAACAACCAGGCGCACGUGCAGGAGUACAUCGCCAACCUGCUGAAGACCGCCUUCCCUCAUCUGCAGGACGCCCAAGUGAAGGUGUUUGUGACGGGUCUGUUCAGCCUGAAUCAGGACAUCCCCGCCUUCAAGGAGCACCUGAGGGACUUCCUCGUGCAGAUCAAAGUGAGUGUUGGAGUAAAUGAUUAAU